GCUUCCAAGUUCUGGACCUGCAGUUACAGGACAACUAAAGAGCUGUUAUUUUUCAAAAAGAAUCAUAGCUUAUGUGUCUUUCCAAAAAUCAACCAGGCAGUUUUCAGAUUUCUCUCUGAAAUAUGAAAUAGGCUAACAGUAAAUAUGCGGAGGAAAGCCAGAGUCAAAAAAGCCUCAUCCGAGCCUGUACAGGAAAAAGCUAACAGCAAUGUUAAUGCAAUAGAAAACACACAUUUGGGUGUGAUAAAACAAACAGGGAGACCUACUAAAACUCCCGCUGGAAAAGGCCUCGGAAAAGCAGGCGCCAAACGUUUGGGCCGACUUCUAAAACGAGCUGUCCAUGUCCAGGAGUCCUCAGCAAAGGGAAAAGUUCCUCUCCCAAAGACUCCUGUUCGCCUUUUCAAGCAUCAGAUUGAAACUGAAGUUGAGAAUGCACCCAAGACAAACUCUGCAAAGCCAGCCUCACCUAAGGUCUCCCAGCUCAUCCUCAGUGUGGUUUCUCAGUGCAAACACCGAGGUGGCAUGUCUAUGGCAGACUUAAAGAAGAUGCUGGCUGCUGGAGGCUAUGACAUCACCAAGAACAACAGGCAGGUUGAGGUGGUGACCAAAACGCUGCUUAACAGUGAGACACUUGUCCGAACAACAAAAAAUGCAUCAUUCAUGCUCAGCAGUAAGAAGCAUACAGACACAAAACAAGUAAAGGCAAGCAGUGUGAAAUCUCCAAAACCAAAAGCUGAGCUGAAGCAGAGCAAAACAGCCAGGAAAUCCACCAAAGGAACAGAAAAAUCACAGAGACAAGCCAGAAGGACUCUCAAACCAAAGCGAGAAUUACACAAACCAAAAGGCAAGACUCGUAAACCAGCAGCCAAAUCAUAUAAACCAAGAUGGAAGACAUCCAAAUUAGGAAGAACAUCGCCCAAGCCUGUAAGGAAGCAACGCAGAUAUGCCAAAAAACAAGCUACACGGGUUCGAAAGGCACCAAGGAAGGCACGAAGGGUUGAGAGCCGUCGACCAAAGCAAAACCGACAUCAGUAUAAACAUUCCCCUACAGCCACUAGGAGGCUUAGGAAAACAAGACCAAGAUUCAAAACACGGCUGCAUCAGAGAAGGAGAAGAGCUUACUACUAUUAGGAUUAGCUUUUAGAGUGAUGCAUGGUGAGCAGUAAUAAACUCAAACCUCUCUAGCAAUUUGAAAA